AUGACCGCUAAUAGUUACGAUGUCGAUAAAAAUGAGAACAGGCCGAACAAUGUGACAACAUUUGAAUUAGGAUCCUCCAAAACACAACACAAUGUGAAAGAAGAAACGAUAACAGUGGUGGGAAAGUUAUUGCAAGUACUGCCAUCCGUUUACGAAUUGAGACAAUAUGCCGGCGUCUUUCUUUGCGGUUUAACACUGUGGGGAUCUUCGUGGUUCCUGCUCAAAGAUUCCAUACUUCCUGACGGAUCAUUAUUUAACAUGAUGGGUGUUGUAAUAGCUGGUUACAUAUUUGGUCAUACAUUAGAACGCUUUACUACAAUCAACCCAGUCGUAGGAAUGACGUUAACAGGGGCACUGUACAGAAAUUUUGGCCCUCCAAAUUUCCUAAAGGACCCUGCUGCGGACCUUAUUGAUUACCAUUUAAGACGAAUAUAUCCAGUAAUUAUCUUGACAAAGGGCCCCUUGAGCUGGAAUUGGGAGUAUAUUAGACAUCAUUCGUUAAAAGUAUUCUCAUUAGCAACUCUUCCCUGGAUCAUCGAGUGUUUGUCCACAGCGUUUUUUGCUCAUAUACUACUCGAGUACCCGUGGUAUUGGGGUCUGCAUCUUGGAUCAAUUCUAGCUUCAGUGUCACCAGCUAUUGUUGUACCAACGACCCUAAGUUUACAUGCAAAAGGUUUAGGAACUAAAAAUCAAAUUUCACUGUUAGUUGGAAAUGCUGGAGGACUUGACACAGCGUUUACAGAAGGCUUGUGCGGUGUAAUUAAUAGUGCUAUCUUCUAUCCAGCACCGCUAGUCUAUCGAACUGUGAAGGGUUUGCUGGCUAUAUUCGUUGGCAUCGCACUUGGAAUAUUUUGGGGAGUAUUAUCAGACGAGGUCCCGGAUCACAGUGACAUAUACGCACCCACAAUACGUAGCCUCCUCAUUUUUGCCGGCGGUGUAUUGUUGACAUAUGCCAGUGGAUAUCUCGGAUGGGGUGGUGCUUCCGGUGUUGCAAUCAUGGUAUGUGCUGGCACAGCAGCGACGAGGUGGGCGCGUCGGGAUUGGCCGCUCACGAACAAUCCUGUCUGGGAAGUCUACAAACUACUUUGGAGAAUAUUUGAACCUAUGCUCUUCACCCUCAGCGGGUAUUUUCUAGAUAUAUCAGAAAUAAGCGGUAAGGAGCUCUGUUUGAUCCUGGGAUGCAUCUUCGCGGCGCUAGUGUUGCGGUUGCUAACAGCUUUUCUGGUAGCGCUGGCUAACGAGCUGUCGGUCAAAGAAAGUCUUUUUAUCGCCGUUACUUGGAUACCCAAAGCCAUUGUGGAGGCGGUCCUUGUACGGGUUGCAAUGGAUUCUUUGUGGGAUGACGCCACAGCGAAAGAUAAGAAAAUAGCAACCCAGCAUGCGAAUAUCAUCGUUAUUGCUAUACUGCUAACGACGACUUUGGGCUCCGUGCUGACAACGGUGUUGGGCCCCAUUCUCUUAUCACAAGAAUCAAGGGUCGCUCCUGAAGAUUUUUAUAGAACGCAAACAUUAUCACCACCACAAUCAGCGAACCUGGACCAAAGAAACAACACCCCAAGCACAUUUCAAUAUGACAUAAAUGUCCAAUAA